UCAUUCAUUCUUCAUCUAUAAACAUAUCAGCUUUAUUGUUGGAACAGGGAAAAGGGUAGACAUUAAACGAAUCGAUUUGUUUAGUAGGCCGCGCAAAUAGGCGGGAAGAACAAUGGAGAGUUGUAGUGCCUCCGAUUCCAGUCACUCCUCCCGCGACCAAGGCGACGACAAGCAUUUGCAGGCAUGCUUUGUACUGAGGCGCUGCGCUUCGUCUUCCAAACCUUCGUGCGACACAGCAUCAUCUGCCAAGUCUUCAAAAUCUAAGAGGAAAGCAGAAUGUGAAAGAAACAAGUCAGGUAAAACAUUAUAUUGCCUCCCGCCCUAUUCAGAAGAGGAACAUUCUUUGUACGGUCUAUGGCGCAAGGAGGCCUUUACUUGCGUCUGGUCGCGAAUUGAGGCCAUUAUCAAGGAUGUUGUGGUGGAGCAAAAUAUGCAUAUAUUUGAAGAAAUCCAGCGGUGGAUCUACAACUCAUUCUCUUCUGAUCUGCAGUCUAAGUUGAAUCUAUCUGCUGAAGAUAAAAACAUGAAUUGCACUCGGAGUAAUUUAGUUGUCAAGAAGCUGCCCACUGCAUUAGUUUUCAUUAGAAAUGUGGAGUUUGUAGAUGACCAAAGCACUUUUAAAGAGCUUGGUUCCUAUUUGAAAUCAAAUAAUUGCCAUGUUGCUAACUUGAGACCACAACAAUUUUCAUCCAAGAUUGGUGUUGGAGGUUGUGUUCAAAGCCUACUGAGACAGAUGGUCAUGAUCAGCCCUGAUACACCAGAUAUGGACAUAUUGGCCUCUUGGUAUCAGGAGCCAAGUAAUAGGAAUCAUCCUGUUGUCAUUAUUAUUGAGGAUGUGGAACGCUGCAAUUCCUCUUUACUAGCAGAAUUUAUCAUAAUGUUAAGUGAAUGGGUUGUCCAGAUACCAGUUGUUCUUGUAAUGGGAAUGGCAACAACUGUUGAUGCUUUAAGGAAACUACUGCCCUCAAGUGCAAUACAACAUCUAAAUCCUCAACGGUUUAACUUAAAGUAUCCUCUCGAGCGCCUCGAGGCUUUUAUCAUUGCCAUAUUGAUUGAAUCCUUUUGUGGAUUUGAUAUCGGGUUCAAGGUUGCAAGGUUUCUGUACACCAACUUCUUGAGGCAGGAUGGUACUGCAACCUUCUUUCUGAGGGCUCUGAAGAUGGCAUGCAUGGAACAUUUUUAUCAUGAACCCUUGAGCUUCUUAUGCAAUGAACUAACUAAGAAUAUGAGCCAGGAAGCUUGGGAUGAUAUAUGCAAAGCAAUACCGAAGGUUAUGCUGAAGUAUGCUGCAGAUCUUCCCUCAGUUGAUGCACAGCUUAAGUGCAAAGAUGAAGACAUUAGUCUGAAUUUGGCUGCUGCAUUGCUAGAUAUCAAGAAAAGAAAACAGAACUGGAGCAGAGUACUUAUGUGUCUGUAUGAAGUGGGGAAGUAUGCCAAAAUUUGCCUCAUGGACAUAUUUUCCGAGGCACUAUAUUCACCGCCUUCAUCAUUUUCACCUAAAACAGGCAAAGAGGAGGAUGGAAAAGAUUCUAGUACUUGUAGAUACAGCAAUGCUGAUAUUCCCAAUAGCAAGUAUUCAGAUAUGACAAAGGGAAAGUUCAUUGGUCUUGUGAUCAGAAAGCUAAGGGAUUUGUCAUUGCCAUCCUUAGCUAGUGUUCUUCAGGAGUGGGAGAAGCUGACUGAAGGAAUGACAGAGAUGAAUAAUGAGGUGAAAAUCUUGCAAUCAAUAGUUGAACCUGAAUUACAUGGGGACAUGGGUGAAUGUAAAUCAACUGGUGUUGAAGGGAAUUGCAAACUAAAAGGAAAAUUCCUUAAUAUAGAGGAGCGUCUUGAUAAUGUUUCUGAUGGAGUUACAACAGGGUCACCACAGACUGCAAAAUGCUCCAUAGACCAGUUACGAAUGUCUAAUAUUAAUCUUUGUUCAACAAGAUGGAGAGGUGAUUGUAAAUCUGCAAAUGAAAUGGCAGUGGAUUUUCUUGAGCGCAUAAUUAGAGAUUACUUGAAGCCGAUAGAGGCCAUGCCUUUCCAUGAAAUAUUAUGCUACAAACAUAUUGAUGCAUUACAGUCGGCCCUCAUGGUAGACACUCGAAGAACAGUUCAGAAUGAUCUUCUUAAUUCUCAACUGUCUCUCCAGUGCAGCUGCUGUACAGGAGUGGCUGUAUUGUCUCCAUCAAUGAAUGAGACAUCUCUUGCAUAUCAUUUGGCUCAAGAACAUGGCGAUGUGAUAAAUGUACAUGAUUGGUAUCAGUCAUUUGGAGCCAUAGCUUUCAUUCCAGACCAAAGCAAUGGUUAUAGGGGAAGCGAAGCCUCUUCUCAGAAAAGGCAGAGGGCUAUGAAUGGGCUUCCACAGGCAGAUAAAGCUUCCAUUCAGGCAAGGUUUUCAAAAGCAAUCACAGAGCUUCAAUUUGUGGGACUUGUGCGAAUGCCUAGCAAGAGACGUGCUGAUUACUUACAACGAAUUGCAUUUGGUUUGUAGAACUCAACUGCCUUUAUUGUCUAAGGUUUUCUGAAACAACUUGGCAAAUGUGUAGAAGUUAAAACAGUGUAGAUUGUUUACAAGUCCCUGUUGGCACGUCUGAUGUAAAGAGUUGAGUGAGGAUCAAACUGAUAUACAAAAUUGUAAUAAGAGUGCUCAAGAGCAUCUGACGGAACAGGUAAUAUGAUUAAUUAGAAUGCCAGGUAUUUUUGCAAGACGUGGAAGUAUUCUAUGCAGUGACAGUUCUAACAUGGGUACUUAUUCUGAUUCCUUCUCUAAGGUGCAGGAUAUGUGUGAUGGCAUUUCUACUUGUUUCAAAUGGCAAUAUUGUGGUCGUAUGGUAGUCUUGUAGGCAAGACAAUAGUGGACAACAGUUUUAGCCAUCAAGAUGCCAGCUCGGGAGGUUUUGGAAUAUAAUUUAGGAUUUUUAUGCAUAACUUACGAGCACCUAUGAUUUUUUUAUUUCAAAAUUAAUGUUUAAUAGCACAGUUGAGAACCAAA